AAUUUGGAGACUAUCGCGAGGAAAAAAGAAAGAGAGCCAGUUUUCGAGAGAGCCGGCGCCACUCGUUUUUUUCUUCUCCCCUUCCCACCCCCACUCUUCGACCUUGUCAUACGCAUCGCAGGGAGAAGGAAAAAAAAGUUCGACACUUUUUUCUGUUGUCGAGACAUUUUUUUGCCCAGUAUGGCUGCCGCUACGGAACGGUUUUUGCACCUCGCUCGCCCGCUGGCUCACACGAAUAUCGGGCUCCAGACGAACAUUGCCCCGCUUACUGUCCAGAUCCAGCCCCAGGCUGUCCUCUCCAUCCUCGAUCACGCCGUUCGACGAGAUGUCCGUGAAAACUCCCAGUCCACGCGGGUCAUUGGCGCCUUGGUAGGCACCCGCUCUGAAGAUGGAACCGAGGUCGAGGUCCGUUCGUGCUUCGCCAUCCCCCAUACCGAGGAGGAGGACCAAGUCGAGGUCGACGUCGAAUACCAGAAGAACAUGCUCGCCCUGGUCCUCAAGGCCUCCCCCCGCGAGUCCCUGCUCGGCUGGUACACCACCUCCCACGAGCUCAACAGCUUUUCCGCUCUGAUCCAGAACUUCUUCGCCGCCCCUGACACCGGCACCUUCCCUCACCCCGCCAUCCACCUCACCAUCUCUACAGAGCCCGGCAAGGAUAUCGAGACAAGAUGCUACAUCAGCGCUCCUGUGGCCGUCAACGCCGAGCGAGCUGCCGAGAGCUGCCUUUUCAUCCAGGUUCCUCACAAGAUGCUUUACGGAGACGCCGAGAAGAGCGCCCUCGAGGCUGUCGCAAGCGCCCGGGACGUCGAGUCACGGACAGCACCCCUGGUAUCAGACAUUGAGAGCUUGGGUCGAUCCAUCGAGCAAACCAUCGGCCUUCUGGACCGUGUCAGCGAGUGGGUCAACGGCGUAUUAGAUGAGGAUGAAGAGCCCAACAAUGCCUUGGCCCAGUAUCUCAUGAGCGCCCUGUCUCUGGCCCCCAAGGUCGACGCUUCUCAAAUCGAGCACGACUUCAACAACCACAUCCAGGAUGUUCUCAUGGUCAGCUACCUGGCCAACACCAUCCGAACCCAGAUCGAUCUCUCCCAGCGACUGGCCACGGCCAACCUGGUCAGCAACGAGAAGGAGGAGGGCAAGGGUGACGGCGAGAAGGGUGGCCAGCGCGGAAACAAGCGUGGCGGACGUGGAGGUGGUCGAAGCGGCGGUCAACAGAGAGAGCCUAGAGAGCCUCGCGAGCCCGUCGAGUAAAGGAAACGGCGAGAGGGAUAUUAGCAGCUAUAUAACUGUUCCUUGGGCUUAAUUUGUUUUUUCUUUUCCAUCCUGGCAACUAAGCCCCUAGAAGGAAAGACCCUACAAAGGAGAGGGAAAAAGAACAUGGAAGUGGAAAAAAGGAGUCCGCCUGAGGCGUCUUUGGAUGGACGGAUGGGAGAGGAACUGGGCAUGUAUUGCGGCAUUGUCCCAGCAAUACACAGACGCACGAACACAGUAUCAUCACGGCGUUGUGGUAUGCCAAACUUCAUUUUGGCACUUGAGAUAUUAGAUAUGAAUAUUGAUUCGUCACGCAGUCUCUU